UAACCUGAAGUCAGAAGGAGGCGCAGUGUGAAUGCUGGAGAAACAGGAUGCAGGUGGAGACUGACGAUGAUGAUGGUGAUGUGGAGAAGAGGAUGGAGGAGGAGGUGGAGGACCACACAAGAUCCGAUUUCCUUUUGUGCAUGCAAAAAAUCUGUAACCCACGGCUGACUCUCGUUGUUGGAGGUCGCGGGAUUGUGAUAACGUCGUAUUGGUUCAGCUCGGAGUAAAGAAAACCGCAUAGUGUCGCUGUGGGAUUCGGGUUUGAGCGCAGAGAUGCGGUGCUCCUAAGCGCUUAUUAUGCAGGCUGUACGAGAGAGUGCAUGCACAGCGCUGCAGAACGCUUCGUCAAAAAAUCUGCGAGCUAAAAGCUCACAAUGGUGGAUCCGCUGGAACCCGAGGACCAGAAUAGGAUCAAAUGUCCAUAUUUUGAGACCCCAGCUGCAGCAUCUGAAGCCCCUUGUCUACCUGAACAGGAUGAGGAUGGGGAAAAGGCAAAGACUACUCUUGACUCUCCAGAACAAGAACCCAGAGUGGAACUUGAACAGAGCCCUCAAGGUAGCCAGUUACAGAACAGUGAAUCUGAACCUCCUAAGCUACAUCUAGACCUUUAUAACUUCGAUUCUCCAGUUGCAGAAGGCAGCCGUUAUGUGCUGACCAGUCCUCGUUCACUCGAGGCAUGCGCACGAUGCGGAGUCAAACCAGUGGAACUUCUGUCUCGACCGCUGUCUGAUUUUGCACGUGAGGCACCCGGCCAUAGCAUGCGUGUAGCCACAGGGAUGUUUGAAGUGUAUGAGAAGGACAGGCAUGCCAAACUCAGACACUGCAGAGAUGAACGAGAAAGAAUAAUUCAAGAGGAGAAAAAAAAGGCCGUUCAGGUAGCACUGAACAACGGCAGCAGAUCACAGGAUUUAGAGAAGCCUCAAGAUACAAACAGCACUGAAAAAAAUAAGCAGAGCAUUCAUGGUGCUGUUACCUCUGGUCUCAUCACCAAAAAGUCACCUGCUAGCAGGGGUCCACCAAAACCACAUGCUACACCAGUGUUACAGUCAAUGUCAAAAGAUAUACCUCACUGCUCUGAACAAUUAACAAAAACAUCUCCUUCAUCUACUAAAAUGAUUUCAGCUCAGUCCUUAAUAUCAAGUCCAUUGAGCACUGGGCAUUCUGUUAAAGUGGCUUCUGUAAAACAGUCUAAAUUACUUGCCGAGUCUGCUGGAAGGACUCAAGUAUCCGUAUCUCCAAAAUUUGUUACUUCAACACCAGGGGCAUCAGUGUCCAAAAAGUGUCCACCUAGUAUACUGUCAAAGUCUGCAAACACAUUCCCCAGGUCAACACCGAAGCCUUCAUCUUUCCCAAGGAUGUCAUCAUGUUUGGCGCCAGUUGUAUCAAAGUCAGCAGCACAGAGCCCAGCCAAUGGCAUCACUAGUCCAUUUACGCAGCACAAUGGACACUUUAUGUCUAUGUCAAAGUCCAGAGAGAGAAGCCAUUCUUUAGAAUCCUUACAAAGAAAAAGGGAAGUGGUUAGCUCUUCUAACACUUCGACCACUACCACAACAGCAACAACAACCACAUGUGCCUCUUCAGAGUCAGCAUCAUCCUCUUACAGCUGGGAAGGGGCAAGGGAUCACUGGGGUAAAACCUCUAGUCCUCGUGCUCGUACCUUAGCUACGUUUAACUCUCUGAUGGGCAGAAGCUUAAGCUUGGGAGAUCUGAGUCACUCUCGGCAGACUACACAGAAGGUAGAGCGCAUUGUAAAAGAAGUAAAGCGUCGAGGUCUGAAGGCUGUACCGGAACGUGACCGUAAGAUUGCAGCAUUAAUGCUAGCCAGGCACCAAGAAGAAGAUAUCAUGAGUCAAACACGCUAUGUAGCACAUUUGCAGUGGGACAGUGAACGGCGAUUAGAGGAACUGCGGCGUGAACGUGAAGAUCGAGAUAAACAGCGAGCAGUGCUUCAGUGCCAGAGAGCGUGGCAGUCACAGUUUUCCACCAGGCAACGGAGACUCAGCCAGCAGGAACGGGAUGCGGCAGCGGCCAAGUUACGCCGGGUGGCUGAAAGCGAGGAGCGCUGGAGGGAAUUAGCUGAGCAACAAGAGAGAAGCAGGUUGCUAAAGCUUCAGCAGGCUGCUCGUGAGGAAAAGCUGAAGAAGGCCAUGCAGGAGCAGACCCUAAAAAUGUUGGAAGAAGAGCGGGCUAAUUUGCAGGAGCAUGAGAAGGUGCUCAUCAAAGAGAAGCUAACUAUUGCAGAGUUAAAGAGGCAAGAGCGAGAGCACCAGAUGCUGGAGGAGCUUCGUGGCCUCAAUCGUGCCGAAAAGCGGCGACAUACAGCACUCAUCCAAGAGAUUGAGCGCCGUGAAGCAGACGAGCGAGAGGAAGCACGGCGGAUUGCGAUAGAAAAGCUGAGUCGCUCAUUAGAGAACUAUGAGCAGAUACAGGAACGACGUGGGCAAGAGAUUCGGGAGAAAGCAAAACGUGAAGAACAACAGAUCCAGAAAGCGAGGAAGGCUGCUGAGCAGCGCGAGCAGCAACAAAAAUAUCAGAAGGAGGCCCGGGCGAGGGAAGCCAUGAAGCGGGUUCAGCAGGCCGCUAUGGUAGCAGAGGAGAGGGCCCGAGAAAAAGCGCAGCGUGCUGCCCAGAGUAGACUGGAAAAAGAGCGGCUUCAGAGACUGAAUCGUCAGAAAGUGGAGGAGGAGGAGAAGCAGAGGCGCCUGGAGUUGCUUCAAUCAAUAGAGCGCAAGCUAGAGAAAAGCGAACAGAUAUUCCGUGAAAAACGUGCUGUGUUAGAAAGCGCCCGCUCAGUCGCACGUGCCUCUUUCCAUGUCCGGGACCGCGUGCGAGAAGAGACCAACAUGCGCACCUUUGACAAAAUGGUCUUGGAAGCACAGUUACAAGCUAGUUUGGAUGAAAAGUGAGAUGAUUACUCUCUACUCUCUAUUUACCUGCUAUUGGAAAUGAGCUGCUUGAGCCUCCAUGGCAGCCUCUUCACAGAACUGGACCCACAGCUUUGCUCAUUUCAAAAUCAAUAAAAGUUUCUUUUCCAACUCUUCAGUUAAUUAACAUGAGCGAAAUCCAUUCGUCUUAGUUUUGUCACCGGUGGUUGUGUGUGGAUGAGUCGCUUGCAGUGGUAUGCCUGUUUGUAACAUGGCAAAUAGCCAAACUUAUCUGAACACUGUUCAUAAAGAGUCUGUUGUUUACUAGAUACUACAAAUCAUCAUUUCAUCACUGAUGACUUAUUUUGUUAGACCCGAACAAAAGAGAGUGCAGAGUGACAGAACGGGGUGCAUGAUUUUGUUAAAAAUCCCAACCUGACACCUGCUGACAGUAAACGAGGACUUGCCUACUGUAUGUGUGAUAGACAACGCUGACCAAGCAGGGUGUACGUGAGGAUGUGGCAAAGAGCGAUCUCAGCAGAAUUCAGAUGCUGAUGAAGCUGUGAAGUGUUGGUUCAGCAUCAGGAUCCAUGAACCUGAGCUGACAUUCUGUAUUCUCUCACAGUCAGGUCUUAUGUUUAUGAAGGUCUGAAGAUAAUGAAGAUGAGAUGAGCUGCAGACUGUUCCCAAUAAAAGGCACAGAAGAACGCUGAUACCCGUUAUCUCAUAUUCCUCUCUGAAAGAACAGUGAUUAGUAUAAGUGUGGCUUUAUUAAGCAGCAAAAUAGCAUAUUUUCUGAUGUACAGCUAUAGUAUCAGGCACAGAGAAAAUUUGAAAUGGGAUAAAAACUGGGAAUACAUGAACAUCUCUAUCGCUUCAGUCAUUUACUGACAUAACAUUGCUAGGCUUCUGUUACAGUUUUUAAAAUAUGACAUGCUAAAAAAAAUAGAAAAAAAAGUCAAAUAUGAAAUAAAUCAUAAUUUGUUAUUUUGCAUUAUGCUUGCGCUGUUUCGAUUUCAAAUGGGCAGUACAGGGUAUUAAGUUCUGUAAAAUAGAUUAAAACACACAAGAUUGAUGAAUAUUGGCUGUGAUAUGAUCUUAAUGAUUGAAUCGUUUGGAGAAACGGUCGGUGCCAUUGACUAGUCCAGUAACUCAUUUGAUAGAAUAAUAAAGCUGAGAUGCUGUUCGUUACAGCACAGCAGCCUAUUGAUUGUGUGUGUAUGUGUGUGUGUGUCUGUGUGUGUGUCUGUGUGUGUAUGGAGUGCUGUACUUUUUGGUCUAACUCGAAAGACUCAAAAUAUAAACUCUCACUAGGAGAAGAAGCUGUUGGAUGUGCACAAGCAAAACUAAACAGACUGAUGUGUUUUAAAUAUAUGAUCUAACCUGCUUCAAACCGUAAUGUUUUUGUGAAUAAGAUGCUGUAUG